AUGGAGUGGCGUAGCAACGUCAGCGCGGCGACUGACGCUGUCUGGUCACUUGGGACGCCCUCUCCCUCCUUCACUCUCUCCAUAGCAACACCGCCUGCCACGCCUGUGACGGAGAAUCUAUCUAAUCCACCUGCGGUGGCGUCGCAGUUGCCUAGCCCCCACUCCACAGGCAGCUGGAGUGACAAGGGCGAUUUAUUCGCCAAUGGCUCCACGACCGGCUACAUCUGUGCCGCCUGCCAUCGCGUGCUCGAGCCCGUGCAGGCGUUGCUCACUCAGUUCAAUGCGGGCAAGCUCCACGUCGGCGCCAGCGUGGUGGACUUGGCUGUGCAGCAUCCCCUUCCGUACUUACGUGUGGAGCUGGUGCGACUCUUGCUGACGUUCCGGCGGUGGAACUGGUCCAUGUGCGCGCCGGUGGCCGUUGCCGCCAGCGUGGGCGACGUGGAUGUUCUGGCGAGUCUGCUCUCCGUGGAGGAGUUGGAGCCCAACCUGGGCUUUCCUCUGAGGGUCGCUGUGCAGUGCCAUCGAAAUGACCAGGUGCUGCCCUUCUUGGUGUCUCAUCACCGUAUCAAUCCCAAUUAUGGUGGUGCCUUCUACGUGGCCGUUGUCAUCGGCAACACUGAGGCCAUGCACAUCCUCGGCGCUGCUGCCCAGGUCAACGUGAACCGUUUUGCCAACGGCGAGGGUACAUCAGCACUCUUAUACGCACUGCGCCAGCUCCUCGUGUGUAGUGCGAUCGUGGCAGCAGCGCAGCAGCCAUCGUCGACCACCGCUUCGGCACCACGACACAGCCGAAAGCCCCAACGAGGCAUCACGUCGUCGUCCUCGCCUCUCCCUUCUACAGCGGAGAAGAUGGUCACCGCCUCCCCUCUGUUUGCCGGUGAGGUCGGCGACGGCGUAAAUGCGCAUGCAAAGCACCAACCGCUCAGACUCUUAUCUGGUAAUGCCGAUGGCAGCGGGGUGGCAUUCUCCGCUGGUGCAACAGCUUCUGGUGGUACCCCAUUUCCAUCGGUGUCGUCGAACAUGAUAGGGCCGCUAUGGCAGCGUGACAGACCGCACUUCAGGAACGUGUCGCCCGUGGUGACCAUGGAUGACGAGCACGACGACAUUAUGCUGCCGGCGCAUGGAGAGGACAAAGAUGAGACCCACAGCAUCGCAUUGCAACAGGACACCGUCGCUCAUCCUCUGCUGACGGCGCAGCACUGGUGGGCCGUGCUGCUGUACCUGCUGGACCACCCCGCGAUCGAAGUGAACAUCGGCUUCUACAUAACCCCGCUCCAGAUGGCCGUGUUUGCCGGCAAUGUCGAGGUUGUUUCACUGCUCCUGCAGCACCCACAUCUUCGACCUAACUGCUUGCCAAAGCCUGCCUCGGUCCUGUGCGCCUCGUACUCUCUAUUGCAGCGGCAGACGCUCUCCAAGGACGCCCUGAGGUGCGUUGUUGCAACCCCCGUUGAGAUGGCGGUACAACUGCAUCAACUGGAGAUUUUCAAGCUGCUCGUCCGCGACCCGCGCGUUCGACUGCCCAUGCAGCUCACCAUGAACCUGGAGCGACUGGCGUGGGACGCGGAGGCGAUUCCAUACUUGACAAUCCUCGCGCAACACCGUGUCGACUGGGAGGGAUGGGGCUGGCGUUGGCGGCGCCUGUGUGUACUCAUUGCCACCGCAGCUAACUGCGUCAUCGCGCUCUGCAGCUGGGCCGUAUGGUGUGUGUGGUAUGAUUCUCUUAGGCCGUGCGGGGUUGGGUUGCUGUGCAUGUACGGGGUGCAGGUGAUCAUGGGCGUCUUCCUCGUUGCGUGGGAAGCCUAUGUGACUCAAACCGCUUCAUCUGCAGUACAGCAGCCGGCGCCCGUACUGGUGGCUUUUGUGCAGCACCUGGUGCCACCGUGGCCGAGUGCAUGGCAAUGCGGCUUCUCGGCAGUGCUGUUGCUCUGCCCUGGUAUGGUGCCUCUCCUGGACCUUCUCUGUGCGUGGAUUUUAUACAAGACCCAUCGAGACCGACGACCUCUGCAAACGGCUGCGCACCCUGGUGGUGCUGAGCCAGAGGUGCCUCCACAACACCGCCCUGCUGAUCUUGCUGACAGCUCCACCAACUGUGCGCGUUUGCCGAACGUCUCUCGGGAACGAAUCGAUGGCGCAUGGCGUCAGUCGGUGUGGCUCCCCACCCCACAUGAGUGGCCCGGCAUGUCCGUCUUGUCGAGCGUCUCCGGCCACGACAGCUUCAAGGGUGUGCCAUGCUUGGCGAGCUUCAGCUACAAGGAGAGCUUCUCUCGUCUUCGAACAGCAAUGGCACGCACACGGCAGCAGGUGGUGACCGAUAGCGGUGAUCAGAGGCGGCUUCAUGCUGUUGGCGGCGCACCAGCCUCGGCAACUGCGGAGAGUGCGGUGCCGACAUCAGCGCAUCCAAUGACAACGAGCACUGUUGGGCAUGCCUCUGUCUUGGACGGCGAGUUCGCCUCCCAUAGGACUUCGUCUAUCAUGACCAACAGCAUCAUCGCCUCAUCGCCGGUUGGUCACCGCAAUUCAUGGGUAGUGCCAGGCCGUCCCUCUCGCUUCGCCGCCCCCACAGAGUACCACACCCCGGAUCUGACGCUGCGUGCGCUGGCGUACGUGACGUACGAUUGGCUGCUUGUCACGCCUCGAUUGCUGCUCUCUGCCGUGGCCAUCCUCAUGUUCUUGUACAUGCUCUUCCCCUCCAGCCUGUCAACCUUGCCCUCGCCAUCGACUAUAAUGGUGAGGAAGACCACUACAGCGAAGGCGGAUGAGGCGAUCCCGCCUCCGUUUACUACCGCGGCCAGGGACGGCACCACCACGCACUCCAUCUCUGCUCUGCACUACUACGAUCGCCUGCUCUCAGCGACGCUGACCGAAGCGGCUGCAAUUGCAGUGGAGACGAACCCCGCCGAUCUGGCGCAUCUCACCACCAUGAUGAUUCUGGUGGGUCUCUGCGGGCUGGUCGCGUCUAUCGUGAGCGGCACGGUACUGCUUGCCAUGGUGACCUCACUGCGCACCAUCACGACGAAGUCCUGCUUCGCGAAUUCGGGCGACCGGGACAACGCUGGCGGCCGUAGCGGCCGCAACGGUUAUGUACUGCGCCACAGUGAACGGAAUACGCCGCGUCGCGCUGUUGCCAAGUGCACCGACUCGAUGAGGUAG